AUGGACAUGUCUCUGAGCACUGAACACCUUGUACUUCUGGACACUCCAGAUCAACCAGAGGUGAAGAGCAUCAGUGUGACAUCUGGACCCUCUGGCUAUUACUACCAGAGUAUGUGGCGAGCACUAGGUAGCACUACAGUUCGCCAAAUGAACAUGCCUGCGACCAGUCAGUGUCUGAAACGCAAGGUGGUCCACCUAUAUGGAGACUCCACCAUCAGGCAGUGGUUUGAAUUCUUCAUGAAAACCCUACCAGAUCUUAAGCAGUUCGACCUUCAUGUAGGAAAGGAAGUUGGACCCUUUAUGGCCGUGGACCAUGCAAACAACAUCCUGCUAAAGUUCCGCUUCCACGGUCCUCCCAUCAUUUUAAUCAAUGUCCCAUCCAGCGAGCUGCGCUACAUUACCAAUGAACUAGAUGAAUUAACUGGAGGAGCCAACGCUGUCGUAGUUAUUGGCGUCUGGGCUCACUUCACCUGUUUCCCAAUGGAGGUCUACAUCCGGAGGCUGCUGAGCAUCCGCAGGGCGGUGGUGCGGCUGCUUGACAGAGCUCCACGUACAACGGUCAUCAUCCGGACCGGGAACCCCAGAUCUUUGACACUUUAUUAUUCGCUAAUCCAUAGUGACUGGUACUCAAUGCAGCGUAAUAAGGUGCUCAGAGAUGUGUUCAAAGGACUGAAUGUUCAUUGGAUUGAUGCCUGGGAGAUGGUCCUUGCUCACCACCUGCCACACGACCUCCACCCACCGACUCCCAUUAUUAGUAAUAUGAUUGACGUUCUCUUGUCCCACAUUUGCCCCAAAAAGGAUGGCUAG